AUGACUGUGAGAGAUGAGAACAUCUUCCACCCGACAGAGUCGUUGAUCCUCAGGGAACCUCGGCGCCACUACCGCGCCAAAGUCAGUCCAAUUCAUUGGCAACUGCGAUCCCUAAUCGGUGUCUCGAAGAGGGACCAUGUCUACUUUCCCACAGGCAAAGACAGCCAGGAUAUCCGCAAACUGAACACCGCCACUCGAGAGGCAGAGACAAUCAAGCACCUCACAUUCUCACCCCGGUGUCUAGUGGCAGCCAAUGGCUGGGUGUGCUGCGGUGGAGAGCACGGCGAGUUCUCAGCUAUUCGCCUUGAUGAUGGUGGCGAAAGCCAGGAACUGCGACUCGAUUUCGACCCCGAUGAACGACUUCCCUUAGAUCUAGACUCUCCAGCCCCUAGUGACGCCAUAUUCUCACUGCUUUCGAGGACGAGCCGACGUCGUUAUGAUGUCAAGAGCAAGAAGUUCGGAAAGGAACGGGUCAAUUGCAUUACCUUGUGGUUUCCGCCUGCUCUGGUCGACGCCUUUGCUGGAGCUUACACGACACCGGUCGCCAUUCUGGCAAACAAUGACAAACAUGUCACCACGGUGGAUCUCGAGUCGGACUCGUCCGACUUUCUAGAUGAGAUAUCUUACCCAGACUGUGUCAACCGCGCCGUCAUCUCUCCCGACGGGCGACUGCUCAUUGCCAUCUGCGACGACCCGUACCUCUACAUCCAUGAGCGCGUCGAGAAGGAAGUCAAAGGCAGCGGUCCAUUCCGCUCUGCUGACAGGCCCGAGUACGAAUGGCGCUCGUUUUCCAAGAUCCACCUCAAAGGCCAGAAGAAAGGCGACAACACAAAUUAUCGAGGCAGCUUUGCUGCUUGCUUCUCGAGCACGGGCAGAUAUCUCGCCGUCGGGACUCAAUACGGCAUGAUUUGUAUCUUUGAUGUUGGCCUUCUCCACGAGCCAGACGAGGCCCUCAUCACCUACUUUGCGUCAUCAACAGACUCAACCGCAGGCGCCAUCCGCGAGAUGGCAUUCUGUCCCGGGCCCUUUGAUCUCCUCGCAUGGAGCGAGGAUCAAGGCACAGUGGGAAUUGCCGAUGUCCGCGCCGGCUUUAUGACUCGACAGAUCCUGCGGCUUGGCGAGCAGCCCAAUUACGAGCAUAUCAACCUGACCGAGAAGAGCCCGAUCGAUCCUUAUCUACUCAAUACUCGACCUGGAAGAAGCGAUGAACCAUCAUCACUUGCGCAAACGCUGGGCAUCUCCUCCUCAGAGCGACCUUCUCCCCGUUCUGACGCCCUGGAGCAAUUCCAAACUCCCCUCACUGCAGACGAGACACAGGUCCUCGAGGCACUCCAGGAGCACCGGCGACGGAGGGAAAGAGAUGUACGAUCGCCAGCGCAGGAGUACCUCGGAACCCGCUCACCAUGGAGUCGGACCAUAACCCGGACGCCCCUCGCCACUGACAACACAAGGUCACGAGAGCGGAGUGCUAGUGUCUCUCGCACAGUGACUGAUCUACUUGGGAAUGUGCAGGCUCAAAGAGAGCGGCUCCAAGAGGCACAGCAGCGCCUUCGCGAUCGGGAACUGGCCGACGUCGAGCGACGGCGCUCAGCUGUCCAGGGGGGGCGACAGACUGACACUUUCUCCAGGCUACUGGCCGAGACCGAGGCAGGCAGGGCUCCUUCUCGCGAAAGCCUUCUGUCCCGUAUACUCAGCAACUCACGGGCCGGUGGUGGAUGGGACAAUCUCGAGGCGCUAUACAAUUUGUCCGUCGAACCCGGUGGGUCUUCUGAAGCACUGCGCGCCGACGAGGCUGAGGCAAAUGCGAGGAGGGACCGCGCAAACAUUGUGAGCUCGCUCAUCAGCCAGGUGAAUGUGCGUAACUUGGAUGAUGAGAUCUCUGUGUUCCUCGGAAGUCGUCGCCGUACCGGUGGGCAUGGUAACCAACAUGGUAAUGGGUCCAGCGAGCCCACUAGACCCGAUGAUACCUCGGGCCUGGCUUGGAGUGAGGAUGGCAGGAUCUUGUAUGCGGGAGCUGAGGACGGUAUCUACGAAUUCCACGUCAAUAUCACUGCGAGGAAGCUGUACCCGAGUAUUACGAUGCGUUGA